CCCCCCCCCCAAUCCGCGUCUUGGAGCGGCCGACCAGCGGCGGAGCCGAGCCGAGCGCCGCCACCCAUGGAGUCGCUCGCUCUCCUCAGCGCCAAGCCCGGCCUCUCUCCCCGCACGGGGCUCCGCCUCCCCCUCCCCCGGUUGCGGGCCCCUCGGGCGUCCCUCUCCCCCGCCUGCAGCUCCAGGCUCCCCGCUCUCCAAUCCCCACUCCUCGCGUCCAGAGUCCCCUCCUCCCAGGACGCCAUCCUGGGAUAUGGGCUCUUGAAGCGGAGGACUAGUUCUCGCGGUGGCGUCUCCUGCAGCGCCGCGGCGGCGCCGGCGGCGGUGCCGCAGCCGCCGGCACAGCCGGAGGCCAAGAAGUUCCUCGGCGUGGGCCUGCCGACGCUGAAGAAGAUCAUUCCGCUGGGCCUGAUGUUCUUCUGCAUCCUCUUCAACUACACCAUCCUUCGGGACACCAAGGACGUGCUCGUGGUGACCGCCAAGGGGAGCAGCGCCGAGAUUAUCCCCUUCCUCAAGACGUGGGUCAACCUGCCCAUGGCCAUCGGCUUCAUGCUCGUUUACUCCAAGCUCUCCGACGUGCUCUCCCGGGAGGCGCUCUUCUACACCGUCAUAUUCCCCUUCAUUGCCUUCUUCGGUCUCUUCGGCUUCGUGCUCUACCCGCUCAGGGAUGUCAUUCAUCCCACCGGUCUCGCCGACAAGCUUCUUGCGGCGCUUGGCCCGAGUUUCCUUGGCCCGGUCGCUAUUCUGAGGAUUUGGAGUUUCUGCUUGUUUUAUGUAAUGGCCGAGCUGUGGGGCAGCGUCGUCGUCUCAGUCCUCUUCUGGGGCUUUGCUAACCAGAUCACCACAGUUGAUGAAGCAAAAGAAUUCUACCCUCUAUUCGGUCUUGGGGCUAAUAUUGCCCUAAUCUUUUCUGGGCGCACUGUGAAGUAUUUCUCAAAUUUGCGGAAGACAAUGGGUCCAGGAAUUGAUGGUUGGGAGGUAUCUUUGAAAGGAAUGAUGGGCAUAGUGGUACUUCUCGGGCUUGUCAUAACUUCCAUCUAUUGGGGAGUGAACAAGCUUGUUUUGAAUGAUCCUUCUCUUCCAAAAUCUGAUCACAGGAAGAAAAAGAACAAACCUAAGCUUAGCAUGAAAGAGAGUAUGAAAGUUCUGGUCUCUUCAAAAUAUGUGAGGGACCUUGCUACCUUAGUGGUUGCAUAUGGCAUCAGUAUCAAUCUUGUUGAGGUGACAUGGAAAUCAAAGCUCAAGGCACAGUUCCCUAGUCCAAAUGAAUACUCAUCUUUCAUGGGCGAUUUCUCUACCGCAACUGGAAUUGCAACUUUCACGAUGAUGCUGUUAGGCCGGAUUAUAUUCCAAAAGUUUGGCUGGGGCGUGGCUGCCAUGAUCACACCCACAGUUUUGUUGUUGACUGGUGUCGGUUUCUUCUCUCUGAUUUUGUUUGGGCAACCAUUGACUCCCAUGCUUGCCACGAUGGGUAUGACCCCUCUUCUUGCAGCUGUUUAUGUGGGUGCACUGCAGAACAUAUUUAGCAAGAGUGCAAAAUACAGUUUAUUUGAUCCUUGCAAGGAAAUGGCCUACAUUCCUUUGGAUGGAGAUAUGAAGUUGAAGGGAAAGGCAGCCAUUGAUGUCGUCUGCAACCCAUUAGGCAAGUCGGGUGGUGCGCUGAUCCAACAGUUCUUGAUCCUGAUAUUCGGCUCUUUGGCAAAUUCGACUCCUUACCUUGGCGGUAUACUGUUGAUCAUCGUUCUCGCAUGGCUACGGGCAGCAAGUUCAUUGGACAAGCAAUUCUCAAGCUUGGCCAAGGAGGAUCUCAGAAAGGAGAAGUCUGCGAAGGAGACAGUAGAACCUCCACUGCUUAAGGAACCUGAGGCAGCUACCGAUAUAUUGGUGGAACACACAAAUGGAACUGUUGCGAGUGAGACCACCGGAACUGAGAGCUCACCGUCGAAUUCAUCUCCAAUUCAAUAGGCUUUGAAAAAGCCAUAGGGAAGAGAAUGGUUACAUUGAGCAGAAAUAAUGGAGAAGGAACGAUCCAUGGUUUCUUCGAGUUUGUAACAGUGAGCAGUAUGAAGCUGCGGUUUAGUUUGUAACGUAAGCAAAUUUUGAGAACGUUGUGGAAAUUCAACCAUUGUUGCAAUUCAAUCCAUAGAUUUCUGGAGC